CCUUAUCUUCUUUGUCUCACACUCUCACUCACUCUUUCCACCUUUUCCACUUCUCGGUCUGAAGCCCACCGGAAACGGAGAGAGGUCGGCGGUCUCCGAUUGCAUCACCGAUGGAGGAUUUCAAUUUAGAAUUGCUCCAAAAGUUCAGGAAAUUCAAGACAGAAAAAUUCUCAGAGCAGGAUCGAGUUAAUGAAGAUCAGGACUAUAUCUCUGUGUCAGAAGAGCUCAGCCAGUACUUGCAUUCCUCGAUUUGGGAGUUGAAAACGCAAGUCAAGGACUUAAGAAAAGAACUGGUUUCUCUUAGGCAUGCAAUUCUGGCCAUGAAAGAUGACCAAUCUACGGAAUACCAAAAGCACUUAAUGGAAGAAGAGCAGAAGGUGGAGGUGUUAAAGCUGCGUUUGAAAAUCGAAAAGGAGAGGAACAGAUCACAGGCGAAUGAAAUGGCUUCUCUUAGAGCUGCAAAGGAUGAGGAAAUCAUGGAAUACCGGAAGCUUUUGAUGGAAGAGAAGCAGAAGAACAAAGAACUUUCUGAUGAAGUAGAGAGACUUCAACAGCUGCAAGAGGAGCUAAUUUCUAGCAGAUUGAAGGAUACAAAAGAUGCACAACUGUGUAUUACUACUGCUGGUGGUCAUGUCUCACGAGAAACAACCAAACACACAAAGAGGACGGGGGGGGAGAAAGAUAAAUAACCUUCGAGCUUGAAGGUAUUGGUAGAGGUGAUUAGGAUGCACAUCAUGAACUAACUCCACAAGAUUUUAAUCUUCUGUUCGAGUCAACAUUGUGCUUUUAUUUUGUGAAGUUGAGACCUCUGGUAAAACUUGGAACUAUUACUCAGGUUUGGUGUGUUAGAUGAUAACACUAGGCUGCCAUGUAAGCAUUCCAGCUCACUGAUAGUUGCUUAGCUGUCAGCUUGUUAUUUGCCAUGUGUAGGCUGAGCUGUUAUGACAACUGUUAGUUUGUUAUGCAAGUAGUUAAAGCUGGGUUUUCUGUAGCUAUAAGUACAAACCUCCUUUGUAGUUCAUCUUCACAACUCUAUUAAUCAGACUAUCAGUAAGAAUUUCUCUCUUUGUGAUCA